UGGACGAGCAGGGCGAGAUGGAGCCGUCGGGUGAGCGCCGUUUGUGGCGCGCCGGCCGGUCACCUGGCCCGAUGGUGGUGUUCAUGGAGGCAGAGGAGGGCGACCAGUUGUCACUCGGCAACCGACGGGCGAGGCCAUCCCGGCAGACCCGUUGGUCACAGCAGCCCACACACGAAGGCCAGCUCUACUACGAGCGAGAGACUCGGCAGCCGCCCUUCCUCCCCUCCUCAGGCGCACCAUUCGGCCACCGACCGGCGGCAUCAGUGCAGACCUACCGCGCCCCUCCCUCUUCCCACCCCGCUCCCUGUGAUGACAAGGCGGCUGUCGGCCACGAUGUGAGGGAGGCGGUGUCCGACAAGCCCGUCCUGCGGUGCGUCUGCUUCGACUGGUAAGUGGGUGACCCGGGCAGGUGUGCAGCGGUGUAUGCACGUGCCACUGUAAUGCAAUCGAGACACGGUCCCCAUUGCACUGUCUUCAUUCUUUUCCUCAGGUUGAGCCCUUCACGUGUCUCGCAACUUCCUUGAUGCCCUCCGGCGCCGUGGUGUCCGUCUGGCGGCCGCCACAGGCAAGUACCGCCGCUUCCUCAACGUGCAGCUCGACUCCACCGGCUUCCGGCCCCUCUUCGCGGCCUCCGGUGGAAACCGGCGAACACUCGAGGAGUUCAUAUGUCAUCUUCGGCGCUUCGGGAGAUACGCAC